AUGUCAACUGCCUUUAAUAUUGCUCUAAAAAGAUUUUGGUUAAGUGAAACUGGUCCAAAAACUGUGCAUUUCUGGGCUCCAACGCUUAAAUGGGGUUUAGUGAUAGCUGGUAUCUCAGAUAUUUCAAGACCUGUAGAUAAAGUAUCAGGGGCUCAGAAUUUGUCAUUAUUAGCAACUGCUGUGAUUUGGACUAGAUGGUCCUUUGUAAUAAAACCAAAGAAUAUGCUACUAGCCUCAGUGAAUUUCUUCUUAGGUUGUACGGCUGGUUAUCAAAUUGGUAGAAUCGUGAACUAUAGAUUAAAGAAUGGUGAUUCAGUGAAACAAGUUGCUGGUUAUAUAAUUAACGGUGAACAAAAAGGCACUCUGGCCAAACAGGAAGUGACUCAAUGA